GGGCGGGUCCCUCCUAGAAGUUGCGUCCUGUCCUAGCCACACUGUAGUUGAGGCGACGCAAGACCGCUCUGCAGUUGUUGGAGAGAGAGGUUGGCCGUCCGCUGAAAACAAACUGCAUAUUAACAUCAGCUGGUGUCAUAGCGAGGCAGUGAGUAGUGAGGCAUUAUGGGCAACACAAGUGACAGGGUGUCUGGAGAACGCCAUGGAGCCAAAGCCCACCGCUCGGACAGCAGCGGCAGUCACAAAGACCAAGAGCCCAGCGGCAAGAUGGUGGACAGCACAGAUGACCCCAACAUCUUCAACACCCACGGGCCAGAGUCCAAGGCGUUAGAAGAGAAAGAAUCAGAUGUGAUUGAGCAGAUGAACACUGGUCCUCAGGCUCGACCCACGGUCAUCCGCUGGGCCGGGGGGGGGAAGGAGGUCUACAUAGCCGGCUCCUUUAAUAACUGGAACACCAAGAUACCACUAAAUAAGAGCCAUAAUGACUUUGUAGCGAUCUUGGACCUGCCAGAAGGAGAGCACCAGUACAAGUUUUUUGUAGAUGGACAGUGGGUCCACGAUCCCUCAGAGGCGGUUGUAACCAGUCAGCUCGGCACCAUCAACAACCUGAUCCAGGUGAAGAAGUCGGACUUUGAGGUGUUUGACGCCCUGCAUGUAGACUCUCUGGAGUGCUCCGACACAUCAGACCUGUCCAGCUCCCCCCCAGGUCCGUAUGGGCAGGAGCAGUACAGCUUCAGACCUGAGGAGCAUUUCAAAGCCCCACCCAUCCUCCCUCCUCACCUCCUCCAAGUCAUCCUCAACAAGGACACCAACAUAUCCUGUGACCCCGCCCUGCUGCCUGAACCCAACCACGUCAUGCUAAACCACCUUUACGCCCUCUCGAUUAAGGACGGAGUAAUGGUGCUGAGCGCGACUCACCGAUACAAGAAGAAAUACGUCACCUCUCUGCUUUACAAGCCCAUCUAAGCCGCAACUUGGGUGCUUCACGCUGCGUUUAGAGAACAGCAUGUUUGUAUUCUGCUGGGUUUUUUUCUUUUUUUCUUUCUCAGUGGCAUCAGAUUUAGCCAAAACGUGCACUGAAACUAGACAACAGGCCAGUGGCUGUGACUGCGGCUUGGUUUUGGAAAAAGGUUGCACUUCUCUCUACAUAGGGCUCUGAACUAAAAGAAACGUGUGUGUGUGUGUGUGUGUGUGUGUGUGUGUGUGUGUGUGUGUGUGUGUGUGUGUGUGUGUGUGUGUGUGUGUGUGUGCUGUCGGAGAGAGAUGGAAACCAUACUGUGGCUUUUACCUGUGACAUCUACAGACCGAUAAGAGAGAGACUGACUGAAUCACUGUGUGUAUUUGAGUGUUUGCUGCCCCUUGUGAAUAUAUGCUUGUCUGCGUUCAAAACGAGAUUUUAUUUAAUAGCGUGGUGUAAAGGAAGAGGGGUGAUCUGUGAAAGAUCCGUUUCUUUCCAUGGGGAUUUUAAGGAUGCUCUCCUAAAGUGAGGGCUUUUUGAGUGUUAUUGAUGCGGAUCAGCAGUUAGAGUUGAAAGUAUUGUGUUAAUUAAGUCAGAAUAACAGAACGGCCCAGAGCCGAGGUCUAGAAUAGAUGCUACAGAGAGCAGCAGGCUUGGCUUUGGUUGAACAUAACGUGCAAUAACCUACAUCUUAUUUUGUCGGCACAUAUUAGAUAUAUUAUUAAAUUUCUCCCAGUUCAGCCGUCAUUCAGUGGCAUCUACAACGUGAACUAAACUACCAACUAAGUCCAAGAUUCCCGUUGUGUUAAUGUAACGGUCACUAAACAUAGAUGGAGUAGAAGGACCCACUUUCCAGAUGGCGAAUGGAGGUCAAAGGUUGAUGUUUAGUUCUGCUGUUGCCUUUAUCUUGACAUAAUUUAGCACUUUACCAUCCUGUGAGCAGGAGCGAUAUAAGCUUUUUUUUAAGUAUGCAGCGGACAACUCUUACUGUAUUGUAGCUUCUCUGCAUUAUAGAACCCAAUUUGUGCUUUUUUCCCCCUUUUUGUCAAAUAGUAAUGUACUGUAUGUAUCUGUUACAUGUGUAGUCAUACACAGAGGCGUGUACACGUAAACAGUUUGAACUUGCUGCUUUG